AACUGCUAAACAGCAACACAAGCCUCGAGAACUCUACCACUUGAUUUCAUUUUUGAUUCCUUCAAUCUCUCCCUAAACCUAGAACCAAACUCAACUGCUUUUAUCAACUUCCCCCCCCCUCUCUCUCUCUCUGUCUCUCUCUGUCACCCUUUCUUUCUUCUUCUCCUCCUGCGGUCUUCUCUCCUCUGCAUUACCAUGGCCGCCUCCUCCACCGCCAAUCUCUCUCUUCCCUUCAAUUCCAAGUCUCUCAAACCCCCUCUCUCCCUCCUCCCCAAAACCCUCCAUAAACCUUCUCUUUGCCCUCUCAUGCCCUCCUCUGUCUCUCACACCGUCGCAUUCUCUUCCAAGAACCCCAUCUCUCAUGUUAUCUCAGCAAACGAUAACUACCCAGAUGAUUAUUCUUUUUGUUUUCAUUCUGAUGAUGACGAUAAGCCCCGUGAAGAGUGUGGUGUUGUGGGUAUUUAUGGUGACCCCGAAGCCUCUCGUCUUUGCUAUUUAGCUCUUCAUGCUUUGCAGCAUCGAGGCCAAGAAGGUGCUGGUAUUGUUGCUGUUAAUAAUAAAGUUCUGCAAUCGGUUACUGGUGUUGGGUUAGUUUCUGAUGUCUUUAGCGAAUCAAAACUUGACCAAUUACCUGGUGAUUUAGCUAUUGGUCAUGUCAGGUAUUCUACUGCAGGGUCUUCUAUGCUUAAAAAUGUUCAACCUUUUGUUGCUGGGUAUCGGUUUGGGUCUGUUGGGGUUGCCCACAAUGGGAAUUUAGUGAAUUAUACGAAAUUGAGGGCUACCCUUGAAGAUAAUGGUUCGAUUUUUAAUACCAGUUCUGAUACUGAGGUUGUUUUGCAUUUGAUUGCAAUUUCCAAGGCUAGGCCUUUCUUUCUGAGGAUUGUUGAUGCAUGCGAGAAGUUAGAAGGAGCCUAUUCUAUGGUGUUUGUGACAGAGGAUAAGUUGGUUGCGGUGAGGGAUCCUUUUGGGUUUAGGCCUUUGGUUAUGGGAAGAAGGAGUAAUGGUGCUAUUGUGUUUGCUUCUGAGACUUGUGCUCUUGAUUUGAUUGAAGCCACAUAUGAGAGAGAGGUUUAUCCUGGAGAAGUUCUGGUAGUGGAUAAGGAAGGGAUUCAAUCACUAUGCCUAAUGCCUCAUCCUGAACCAAAACAAUGCAUAUUUGAGCAUAUUUACUUUGCUUUGCCAAAUUCAGAAGUAUUUGGUAGGUCUGUUUAUGAGUCGAGGCGCCUUUUUGGUGAAAUACUUGCUACUGAGGCUCCUGUUGAUUGUGAUGUUGUGAUUGCAGUCCCUGAUUCAGGGGUGGUGGCUGCACUUGGCUAUGCAGCCAAAGCAGGUGUGCCAUUUCAACAAGGAUUGAUAAGGUCACACUAUGUGGGAAGGACAUUCAUUGAACCAUCACAGAAGAUUAGGGACUUUGGUGUUAAGCUUAAGCUAUCACCUGUGAGGGGAGUAUUGGAAGGGAAAAGAGUUGUGGUUGUGGAUGAUUCAAUUGUGAGAGGAACUACCUCGUCGAAAAUUGUUAGAUUGAUUAAGGAAGCUGGGGCUAAGGAGGUUCAUAUGAGGAUUGCUAGUCCUCCAAUUAUUGCUUCUUGUUAUUAUGGAGUAGAUACACCGAGUUCUGAGGAGUUGAUAUCUAACAGGAUGACUGUAGAUGAAAUCAAGGAAUUCAUUGGGUGUGAUUCGCUCGCCUUCCUACCAUUGGAUAGCUUGAAGAACUUGUUGGGAGAUGAUUCUCCAAAUUAUUGUUAUGCUUGCUUCUCUGGGAGGUAUCCGGUCCAGCCAAAGGAACUUAAAGUGAAAAGGGUUGGCGAUUUUCUGGACGACGGUUUGAAUGGAAGUAUUGAGUCCAUUGAUGGAGGCUGGGUUCAAGGACCUCGAAGGCAGGAUAUAGACAAGGUUAGUGAUGCCCGGAAGUUAUCAUCCUUGUCAUGAUGUAAUGUUUGGGUUACCUUAAUUUGCCGAAUUGAUUGGUUAUUGAGGAUAUCAAUUAUGAAAUAUGUGAUGCAGAGAGAAGCAGAUGUCUUCAGUGAUUCUAAUAUAACCUUUAUAUGCUUCCUUGGAGUAAUUGAGGUUCCAAAACUAUAACUUUCACAAUUUUGUUGGAUCUUCUAAAAAUUUUGCAGGAUUUAAUAUAAGCACUUGGUUUAUCUUUC